CAGCCCAUGCGCGCUCCCGUGCUGUGUAGAGUCGAAUGCGGCGCUGCAAAGAGAGACCCCGAGACUUCAGCCCCCCUUUUCAACACGAAAAUAACACGCAUUUCGUCCUCUACGACCGUCUUCUGAGGAGUAACAUUCUGCGCUAACUCUGUAUGAUGCAAGGACUGUCUUGUUGGUAGAUGCCUGCAGGCUGUCAAUACGUGGUGUUCCUGGAGACCGUCUUUAAGAAGAAGUGUUUUGGGUGAGCUGCUGACCGCCCUGCAACCGGACCCGACGUCCUCUCUCUGAUCUCCUGCCAAGGAGACAGCAGUUGCUGCACUCUCUACACCUGACCCCCAUCCCCGCCCUGUCCCCACCGCCACCAUGGUGCUGUCACAGAGGCAACGUGACGAGCUAAACCGAGCGAUAGCUGAUUACCUUCGUUCCAACGGAUAUGAAGAGGCAUAUUCCGUUUUCAAAAAGGAGGCAGAAUUAGACAUGAAUGAGGAAUUGGAUAAAAAGUAUGCAGGUCUUUUGGAAAAGAAAUGGACAUCAGUCAUCAGAUUACAGAAAAAGGUCAUGGAAUUAGAAUCAAAACUGAAUGAGGCAAAGGAGGAGAUUACUUUAGGUGGGCCAAUUGCACAGAAGCGAGACCCCAAAGAAUGGAUCCCCCGUCCCCCUGAGAGAUACGCCCUGAGUGGCCACAGGAGUCCUGUCACCAGAGUCAUUUUCCAUCCUGUUUUCAGUGUCAUAGUCUCUGCCUCAGAGGACGCAACAAUAAAGGUCUGGGACUAUGAAACGGGUGACUUUGAGCGUACCCUCAAGGGCCACACAGACUCGGUGCAGGACAUUUCCUUUGACCAAACUGGAAAGCUACUAGCCUCCUGUUCAGCAGACAUGACCAUUAAGCUCUGGGACUUCCAGGGCUUCGAGUGUAUCAGGACCAUGCACGGGCAUGACCAUAAUGUUUCAUCUGUAGCUAUUAUGCCCAAUGGAGAUCACAUAGUUUCUGCCUCAAGGGAUAAAACCAUUAAAAUGUGGGAGGUGGCUACUGGGUACUGUGUGAAGACAUUCACUGGCCACAGAGAGUGGGUGCGCAUGGUGCGGCCCAACCAGGAUGGGACCCUGAUCGCCAGUAGUUCUAAUGAUCAAACGGUGCGUGUUUGGGUGGUGGCUACAAAAGAAUGCAAGGCGGAGCUUCGUGAGCAUGAGCAUGUGGUGGAGUGCAUUUCUUGGGCCCCUGAAAGCGCUCAUCCCACCAUCCUGGAGGCGACCGGCUCAGAGACCAAGAAGAGCGGGAAACCUGGUCCUUUCCUGUUGUCUGGUUCCAGAGACAAGACGAUUAAGAUGUGGGAUGUGAGCAUUGGCAUGUGCCUUAUGACACUGGUUGGCCAUGAUAACUGGGUCCGUGGGAUUCUUGUGCACCCUGGAGGAAAGUUCAUUGUGAGCUGUGCUGAUGACAAGACUUUGAGGAUCUGGGACUACAAAAACAAGCGCUGCAUGAAGACCUUGAGUGCCCAUGAACAUUUUGUUACCUCUCUGGAUUUCCACAAGUCGGCUCCGUACGUCGUCACUGGGAGUGUAGAUCAAACAGUAAAAGUGUGGGAGUGUCGCUGAUCAUAGCCGCAGGACCCUUCACAACAACUCCAUGCUCCCUUCCACCCCCUGGACCCAUUCCACUUCCCCCUCAGCUUCCUCCUGCUCUUCUGGAUGCACUCGAACACCACGGUUAUCACCCACCAAACUCUGGUUCAAUAGCGUGUCCUUUUAUGUAAAUUAUUCUGGAUGUAGAUCGAGCUAUUAAAUAAAAAAAAAGUAUUCUUGCAUGGUGAAUCCAAAACUGUAUACUGUAAAUUUACAUAAUGUUGUCUAGAAGUACCAUAGGUUUAACACAGGCUGAUCUUUCACUCAGCCUGACCUACCGAAGGCAGAAGCUGACUGGGUUAAAUGUAGGGCACUAAACUGAUAAUUUAAUGACAGUGUCUGAUUUCUUUGUCUUUUUUUUUCUUCUUUUUUUUUCUCGUCCACUGUCUUAGUCUGUUUGUGCCUAGCUUGGAGACCUUUCAAGGGGCAAAUGCUACAGAACGAACCUAUAGUGCUGAGGAGGAGAGUUGAUCUGGGGCUUGUUAUCAGAGUUAUUCUGUAGCUUUGUUGCAUCACUUCUGGAGUGUACUUACCAUUCUCUUCUUGUGGAUUUAGAUAACAUUUAAUGGUUGCAUCUAAGAACGUUUCAUGUGUUUUGUCUGGAAACCUUUGGGAAUAAAUCUUUGUACACUUGUCAUGACACGUCCUACUGAGAAGUACAAUCCCAGAGACAUGACUUUACACUGCUUAAUUAUAGGAGUGAAUUUGUACGGAACUCCUGCGUCCAAAAAGCCAUGCUGAAUAGUGGGCAGCAAGAGUUUUUCUUUUUGGUCCAAAUCAGAGAUAGCUUUAGUAAAGAUUUUGAUUUUGACUGAUUUGUCUGUCACUCAGGAGCACUUCAAACUUGUAAGCACCGUAAACGUUGCCUUUACGAAGCACUUGAUUUGGCCCUCAACGUUUAAGAUUGCGUUCAGAUGAAGAUGUCCUGAUUCUUCCUUUGUUGUUUAAUGAUCUCGUUGCCCCAUAUGGCAGUUGCUCAGAGACUUGAGAAUUCAUAACCCUCAGUUUAGACAUGGGGUUCAAAGCAUGACAAGAGCUCAAAGUUUCCUCUCAUCAGGGGAUGUGCAAAAAUCUGUCCUAAAAGAAUGGGUGCAAAGAUUUCCAUGGUGAAAAAAAUGAAACGAUGGGCUUACGAUGAAAUAAUAAAAUAAAAAAAAACUGUGGAAAGCUCAAUCUCAUAAUAAACCAACAAGUUGUGGAGCUACGAACUGAUGAUCUGCCUGUUCUCUCUGUGGAGAGUCCUGAUGGUGACUCCUAUUGUAAAGGGAUCUUCAUACUGUGGACCAUAGCUGAAUAUCCCUAAAAUAACCACAGGUGCUCAAGCCAUGACUCAAGUGUGACGAGUGGCACUUUCUCUGCGUUAUCUAUUAAUAAAUGAACAAACAAAUACACAAUGGGAAAUGAUUUGAUAAAGUCCCAAACAUGGAGAUAAACCAUUCCAUAUCUUUUGAGGAAAAUAUAUGCCUUUUGACUUUGUGCAAAGACAAAAGAUAUUCAAUUAACUUGCACAUCCCUGCUAUUGUUAGAUUUUCGGUCCCAUCGGAUUGAAGGUUUACGCAAUGUAAGGCUUCAAAAUGCAUUUUAAUUAGCCUUUUCAUUCCAAUGCAAUUAUAUAAUAAAGAAUUCACUGCUUAA